AUAUGAGAAGCCGGAAGCGUCAGCUGCGCUGUGUUCCAAAGCUAGUUUUUCACUGUUCACGUUGUUGUCGAUCGUGAAUUCGCGAAUGACUCGCUCCCACUCUGAUUGUCCCUCCAUUUUUACUUCUCUUUGAGGUUUAGUUUAGUGGGCAGCUGAGGAAUUUGGUCUUGAGCAGUGAUGAGCUAUUAGAUACUAAUAAUUGAUUGUGUUCUUCUGAAUAUUCAACUAAUUUAGCACAAAAUGAAAGUUGAUACUUCGAUAUUGAUUUAUGGACUUGCGCUGGGAGUGUUGUGUAUAUCUCCAAUUGCUAAAUCUGCUGUCCCAAAAGACCCAUUUCUCGGAAUUUCUCCUCAAGAUGAGAAUUACUACAAGAUAUCAUCAGAGACGAUAAAAUGUAAAGAUGGAUCCAAGAAAUUCACUAAAGCUCAGCUCAAUGAUGACUUCUGUGAUUGCCCUGAUGGUACUGAUGAGCCAGGCACAUCAGCUUGCCCAAGGGGACAAUUCUAUUGUCGAAAUUCAGGACAUAUUCCUGUUCUAUUAUUUUCUUCCAGAGUCAAUGAUGGGAUCUGUGACUGCUGUGAUGGGAGUGAUGAAUAUGAUGGGCAAGUUAAAUGCCAAAACACAUGCUGGGAGGCUGGAAAAGCGGCUAGAGACAAGUUAAGGAAAAAGAUUGCAACAUAUAAGGAGGGAGUUGCUUUGAGAAGGCAGGUAGUUGAACAGGCAAAACAAGCAAUUGCCAAAGAUGAGGCAGAACUAUCAAAGUUAAAAAGUGGGGAGAGGAUACUGAAAGGGAUAGUUCAACAGCUUAAAGAGCAUAAAGAACAGAUAGAGAAAGCAGAAGAGAAAGAACGUUUACAGAAAGAAAAAGAAGAAAGAGAAAAAAUUGAAGCUGAAGGAAAAUCUAAUAGCGAGAAAAGUAGGGUUGAAGAGGACACUCAGCAAGAAAAAGGAGAGGCCAAGGAGAAAACUGAUGUUGGAAAUAAUCAAGCUGAAAGUGUCAGUGAUGAUAAAAUUGGUGCUCCGGAUGAUUCACAUUUGGAUCAGGAUGAGACAGGGGAGCAAGCUGAUCACGCAGCUGUUGCUGAAAUAGCUGAUAGUUCCAAAAUUGAAGGGUCAUCAGUAAAUGAAGUGAAGCAGCAUGUGGCACAAGUGGAGGACAAGUCCAUCUCACCUGAAAGCAAAUAUGACUCUGCAGUUGUGAGUGAAACUGGUCAUGCUUCUGGGCGUGAGGGAUCUCAUGAUCAAACUGCGAAAGUGGGCAAUGAUGCAUCUGAAAAUACUGAAGGUUUGUCAAAGGAAGAGCUGGGCCGCCUUGUUGCUUCUCGUUGGACUGGAGCUUCUGAGAGCCAAACUGAGGGAUUUGAAAAGUCUGAGAGACAAAUUGAGGGAGUUGACGUUGCAAAGGAUAAUGACCAUAAAGAUAUGCCAGCAGAUAUGCGUGAUGAGGAAUAUGAUGAGUAUGCUUCAGAAAUUGAUGAUGAAACUGGAAAGUAUGGUGAUGUUGAUACAGGAGAUGAUAUAGAUGAGACUUAUGAAGAGGAUGCUCAUGAUGGUGCUGGUUCCUCAUACAAACCUGAUCCUGAAGAUGAAUUAGACUUGUCAGAUAUAACCACCCCAAGCAACCCAUCUUGGAUGGAGAAGAUACAACAAACUCUUCGCAGAAUUCUGCGAGGUUUUAAUUUCUUCCAACCUCCAGUGAACAAAUCAGAGGCAGCUCGUAUACGUAAGGAAUAUGAAGAGUCCAGCACCAAGUUGUCUAAAUUACAGUCAAGGAUAUCAAGCUUGACGGAGAAGUUAAAACAUGAUUUUGGAACAGGGAAGGAGUUCUAUUCAUUAUAUGAUCACUGUUUUGAAAGCAAGCAGAACAAGUAUGUUUACAAAAUAUGCCCUUUCAAACAAGCUUCACAGGAGGAGGGCUAUGCAACAACUCGUUUGGGGAGUUGGGACAAAUUUGAGGAUUCAUACCGGUUCAUGAUAUUUUCAAAUGGUGACAGGUGCUGGAAUGGGCCUGAUAGAAGUUUAAAGGUCAAGCUGCAUUGUGGGUUGAAAAAUGAGCUUACAGAUGUGGAUGAACCGAGCCGUUGCGAAUAUGUAGCAUUAUUAUCUACGCCAGCACUUUGCCUGGAAGAAAAGGUUAAGAAAUGGGAGGAUAAAUUAGACUUAAUGGACAAAAAUCAACCACAGGGCCGUGAUGAACUCUAAAACUGCCACCAUUGCUUGCAGCAAGCGGUUUUCUAGAGGAUGUUAACCGCGUUGACUAAUAUUGGGACCAGUAGUUCAUCUGACCUUGAAACAUCUAGAGGUGCAAAAUGCAGUCUAUCUGGGCAAGUAUUUAGAAAUUUUGAGCAAAUAUGUCAAGUGGGCUACUGAAUCUUUUUGUGUUCUGGAGCCACUAUAUGUAAUAGUUCUAAUUCUUUGAGGGUUAGGAAAAUUGACUUGACAGUCGUUAGAAACAGUCCAGCUCAUUUAAACUGAUUUGGAACCAUUGAUGCUCUAAUACUUAUAUUAAACUAAAUCUUGCAGAGUGAUUAAAGCAUAUGGAUAAUUGUAGAAAACAUUAACAUUCCUCUAUUGUGGUUCUAGAAACUUCGAGAAUUUCUUCCUGAGUUUUCCCAUAAAAA